CAGGAGUAUGAAAUCAAGCCAAAAAUCAAAGCCGAAAUGAACAUUGAUUCCAACACCUUCCGAGAGCGUAUUGCCAGAGUCAGUGCUCCUCGAUAUCCCGUAACCCUCGAACCGGAGAGUGCUCGAUGGCAAAUCAUGUCUCGAAAAUUCAUCAGCAGAACUUACGGAGGCUCCGAGGUCUCAACAUUUCCAAUGAUUGACCCCAAGAAGGUUUCGAAACACGGAAGAGAGUUUUGGAUGUUUUGGAGUUUGGAGAAGCAUCCAGAUGCUCCGAAACGUCCAGGGAAGCCUGGAAUCUGGUACGGCUCCAGUCCUAUGGAAUAUACGGAAGAUUUUGAAAUUGUUCAACACGGAUUCGCGAGAAUGAACUCGGACAAGUGGUUGUAUUUAGGUGAUUAUAAACAAUGUGCCACAGAAGCAUUGACUCAAUGUGAAUGGUUGCUUCAAUCAGACAAAUUCCAUCGUAUCUGGACUUCCCUUGUUCAGAAAAAACCUUGGGCACGGCAUGCUCGUGCAGGCAUUCACCUCAGAAAAAAGUGGAGUCGUGAGCCUACAAUGGAGGAGAUUGCGGACGCUGCAAUGACGGAGGACUUCAAGAAUGUGACAAUUGAGGAGAUAAAAGAUGCAUUUGACCAAGGGCAGCAGCGACUAGGGAUGCUCGUUCUCAAAUGUGUUGGCUACGAUAAUGAUUUUCAGAAGGAACUGAUUGACAAAUUUUCAUCUUGGAUUCCUCCAGCCAAGAAAACGGACUCAAAAGGU